CUUCACCUCAGCCAGAUGCAAAGCCACACUCUCUCCUAGCAACUUUAAGAAGCUAUUUACCAGAAACCCGGAAGUCCGUUGAGGCGGCCCUUGGAUUCAGGACGGAAACUACAUAUCCCAGGAGGGGUCGCUACGGAGAGGCAGUUUCUGGGCCAAUGACACGUCGCCGAAGGCCAUUUCCGGCGGGCGUGUGGGUGGGACUUCCGGCGUCCUGCCUGAGACGUCAUUCGGCCGUGACUUUCCUCUGAGUUGGCGCCGCGUCUCUCGUCAGCUGCCGCAUUCUAGGCGUUUCCAAACUCCGGAGCGGAGGACCAAGAGCGGGAACAGUCGUCGCUCCCGCCUCUUGUCCUGCCGUGAACAACUCCGGCGUCCUCCGUUAGUGCUGCUCGCCCAUCCCGGACCCGGGUUCACCUGCGGCGGCCACAGAGCGGCCUCGCCCGCCCCGAAGCCAUGGCGACUCUGGCGCUGGCGUCGAUAUCCUUUGAAGAUGUGGCCGUGACCUUCACAGAGGAAGAAUGGGGGCAUCUGGACCUGGGCCAGAGGAACCUGUACCAGGAAGUGAUGCUGGAGACCUACCUGCUCCUGGUCUCACUGGGAGAUCCGGCAGGACCAGUGCAACCCCCGCUACUUGGAGGGCCCUCACCCCGGCAGGACCCGCACAGGAUGCCGGAGCUCCGCAUCCCUCCCCCACACCCUGAUCCCCACCCGCCCGGCUCCCCUGGGACGGAGUGGUGCGGGGUAGGGGCGGGGCGCCUGGGGACCCCGUGGCCGCUUGCGGGGCCUCUGCAGGUCGGCGCGGGCGGGGAGCGGGACCCCGCGAGGGCCCCCUCGGAGCGGCCGCACCGCUGCCCCGAGUGCGGGAAGGGCUUCACGCGGCGCUGCCACCUGACGGAGCACCGGCGCGUGCACACCGGGGAGCGGCCGUACGUGUGCGGCGACUGCGGGAAGGCCUUCACGCACCGCUCUUCCUUCACGCAGCACUGCCUGACGCACACGCGCGGCGGGGCCAAGCCGUUCGCGUGCGGCGAGUGCGGCAAGUCCUUCUCGUACCGCUCGUCGUUCGCGCAGCACGCGCUGGCGCACGCGGGCCCGCCGCCCUUCGCCUGCGCGCACUGCGGCCGCGCCUUCGCGCAGCGCUCGGCCUUCGCGCGCCACCAGCGCACGCACACGGGCGAGAAGCCGUACGCGUGCGCGCUGUGCGGGCGCGCCUUCGCGCAGCGCUCGGCCUUCGCGCAGCACCUGCGCACGCACUCGGGCCGCCGGCCCUUCGCCUGCGCCGCCUGCGGCAAGGCCUUCUGCGACAGCUCCUCGCUGGCGCAGCACCUGCGCAUCCACACGGGCGAGAAGCCGUACGCGUGCGCGCAGUGCGGCAAGGCCUUCACGCAGUGCUCCACCUUCCUCCGCCACCGGCGCACGCACACCGGCGAGCGGCCCUUCGCCUGCCCGCACUGCGGCAAGGCCUUCAGCGCGCGCGCCGCGCUGGCGCAGCACCUGCGCGUGCACACGGGCGAGAAGCCGUACGCGUGCGCGCAGUGCGGCAAGGCCUUCGCGCACCAGUCGGUGCUCAUCCGCCACCACCGCAGCCACAGCGGCGCGCGCCCGCUGCAGUGCCGCCACUGCGCCAAGGCCUUCUUCUACUCCUCCUCCUUCGUGCGCCACAUGCGCGUGCACACCGGCGAGAAGCCCUUCGUGUGCGGGGACUGCGGCAAGGCCUUCACGCAGAACGCCAACUUCCUCCGCCACCGGCGCACGCACACCGGCGAGAAACCCUUCGUGUGCCGGGACUGCGGCAGGGCCUUCAGCGACAACUUCGCCCUGCAGCGGCACGUGCGCACGCACGCCCCCACCCCCACCCCCACCGCGGAGCGGCCCUUCCCGUGCGGGGACGGCCGCCUGGCUCUUGCCUGACGCCGCCCGCCCACCUCGCUGCCGGCCGUGGCCGUCCCAAGAAGGAACUCAGCCCGCCGGAGCUUCUGCCUUUUUUUUGGUUUUUUGAAAACAAGCGUCUCACACACUUCCCUGCCUGGGCGGGCUGCAAACCCGCAUCCUCAGCGCUCAGCCCCCUGGGCAGUACGGAUGACAGGCGGAGCCCCUGCACUGGCUCCACUAAGAACCACGUAGGUGGGACGCAGCCAGCAACAAACCAGGCGCCCUUUGUUUAUGCUUCCCAUGGAAUAUGGGUAUUUUCACUGCAUGGCGUUGGGGGAAGGUGAGAUACAAAGGAAAGGAUGAAAACCAUCUCUUAGCCUUCCUGGGGAACAAGGAGGUGAACAGUGGAAAACGCUCUGCCUCCCAGCCGGCCGGGAGGGCCGGCCGUUGUAAGUAUUUGUUCCUGAACGUGCUCCUGUGUGCCUGUGGAGAGCGAGAGUGGCAUGAGGAGCCAGCCGGGGUUGGAGCCAGAGCGCCCUGCAUGCUUCCUUCUACUUGUGGGCAUUCUGGGUAUCUUGAAGACACAGUGUUUGUGCCAGGUUCUUAGCCUCUAUGCCAUUUUCCUAAAUCAGUGGAUAUACAAACUUUCUAAUGUUGACUUUCUACUUCCAAACAGUUUGGCUGAUUAAGGUAUGUUUUACAUUUAUAAUCGCUAUGCUUUAUAAUAAAAGUACCUACAGCA